UUUCUCUUAUUCUCUCUUCAAGAUUUUCUCUUUUUCUAUGUUUUUGUUUACAUUUUCUUUUUUUCUCUAAAUUUGGAAUUUCGCUUUUUUUUUGGUCAACCAAUUGUUUCCAAUUUAAUUCCACAAUUUAAUUAACUAUUUAAAUCUAUUCCAAGAUGAUCCAAAAGAUUAUUUUCUAUUUAUAAUUGUUCAUUUUCUCCAAUUCAAUCAACAACCAUAUUCUCACCUCUCCAAUCUAAAACUCACAUAGACAUUUGUUCAUUAAGAAUAUAACUUUUUGCUCCUUCGGUGUUUAAUUGUUUACUACCAUCAUUUUCCCUCAACAAUUACUGAUAAUUUGACAAUCUUCAUCUCACCUUAAUUUAGAUUAAAGGUAAAAAAGGUUUCUCACUGAGAUUAAAGCUCAGAAUAGUUUCAUCUUACUUGGAAAGAAACAAAUAGGAUGAGAAUGCCUAAUUGGUACUUUGAUAAAGUUUCACUUCGUAAAACACCAUCAAUUUUGGAUGGAAUAUCAUUCGAGAAGGAGCAAAGAUAUCGCCGAGAAGGUGCUCGAUUUAUCAUUAAAGUUGGUACCAAGAUGAAUCUUCGCUAUGACACCAUGGCCACUGGAGUUGUUUACUUUCAUCGUUUUUACAUGUGUCAUUCAUUCAAACAAUUUCCUCGCUUUGAAACAGCCUGUUCUUGUUUAUUUCUUGCUGGUAAAGUUGAAGAAACACCUAAAAAGUGUAAAGAUAUUAUAAAAACUGCGAGACAAUUUUUGACCGAUGCUCAAUUUGCUCUAUUUGGUGAUGACCCUAAGGAAGAAGUAUUAACACUGGAAAGAAUUCUCCUUCAAACAAUUAAUUUCGAUUUACAAGUUGAUCAUCCUUACUCUUUCCUCAUCAAAUAUGCCAAGAGUUUGAAAGGUGACAAGGAGAAAUUACAGAAAGUCGUUCAAAUGGCCUGGACCUUUAUAAACGAUAGUUUGUGUACAACUAUUUGUCUUCAAUGGGAACCAGAGAUCAUUGCGAUUGCUUUGUUUUUCUUGGCUGGUAAAUUAUCUCGAUUUGAAGUUGUCGAUUGGGAAGGAAGGUUACCCCAUCAUAAGCGCUGGUGGGACACUUUUGUCGAGGAUUUAACUAUGGAACUGUUAGAAGAUAUUUGUCACCAAGUUUUAGAUCUUUACUCUUUUCCGAUUCCUGAUACUCCUCAAGACUCACCACCAGCCAGUCCUACUCCUCCAUCGUCCACCAAUAUUGUAACGAGCUCUGUGCCAAAACAAACAAACACCUCUGCUCAAGGAUCUUUAACAUUAUCAGUGUCAGAAAAACCGAUAACUACAUCGGAUAAAACUAUUCCCAUGCCACGAACUGUACAACCUUCUCUUCUGCCACCACCACCACCACCUCCAAUACCCUUACAAGCUCAAAUGUUAGGAUCUGCGAUCGGUCUAAUUGAGCCUGUAAACAAUUUGAUUCCAGCAACAAAUUCACCUCGAUUUCCAAUUGCAUCAACAAUUCCAACCAUUGGUACUCAAAAUUCAAUCAUACCAAAUGCAAAUGUACGCUUAAUGUCACCAAUACCCACAAUUACCUCAAUGACUCCGUCAUUUCUUGCUCCAGUAUCGGCCAUUAAUCCUGGUGCCUCUUUUCCCGCACCCAAUUUACGAUUCCCUUUGGUUGGACAAUUUCCACCCAAUCAAAUGGGAGCCAAUGCAUUAGCCGCUUCAUUGGCCAAACCUCGUUUAUCUGUUCACGGAACAGCAAUGGACUAUACUUCCUAUCAAAGCUACGUUAAUUUCCCUUUCCCGUUACCCGAACAUAAGCCCAUUGAUCAUAAAUGAAAGGCAAACGAUUCAGGAUCUUACGACUUUCAUUUCUUUCGAUAAUCAUUUGAUCAGUUAAAUGAAUUUUGUUUAUGAUAUUUUCUAAUAGAUGAACUUUUUUCGCCCAAUCAAAAAUCUCCAUUGACAAAUAAACUGGUAGCUACUGUUUUCCUUAAUAUUAACUAAAACACUGUACAAAUAUCAGCACUUUGAUGCGAUCCAAUGUUCACCAAUCGAUUUCCAUAAAAUUUUCUUGAAGUUCAAUAACAAGAAUACUCAUCUAACCAUCCAGAAUAAAUCAACUACAAUUUCGUAUUAA